AUGGAUCAGAAGUUCAACAGUCUGAUGGCAGUGGGGAAAAAGCUGUUGCAGAACCUGGUGGACCUGCAGCGGAUGCUGCGGAACCUCUUUCCAGAGGGCAGUCCAACUGGCAGUCCAACUGCAAAGAAUUUUUUUGUCCAUGCACAAACUGUGUACAGCAGUGUGGACCGGAGAGGUAGACACGUGUUCACCUCUGUGAUAGACUUCCAGUUGAAGCGUCGUGGCACAACAGGGAGUCUGAGGAUGAGUCCUUACAUCUGCUUGCUCCUCUGCUGGCUGGCUCUUCCUCUACAAGCUCUGGAGAUACUGGACCCCGAGGAGGUGGAGUACAUUCGCUCCCACGCUACAGCGACGGUGGGAGGCUCAGUCACCUUGGACUGUGGUUCCACCCUGCCCUCCAUCUUCAUCUGGGGCUUCACCAAACCGGGGACUGAUAGCAACGUAGCAGUGGCCUACAACUACGGACAAGGCCCCAAGCUCCAGGCUCCGUCCAGCAGCCUGGGCCGCAUGCAGGUGCCCGCCAACGCCUCGGCUCUGGUCAUAGAGGAGCUCCACAGGGACGCGGAGGGCAUGUACACCUGCCAGGCGCUGUACGACACGGACGAAGGGACCAGGAUAACUUUCUACUUCACCCGGCUGGACGUGGAGGACGACUGAUGACGACUCUCUGGUGUCUUUUGUUUAAGUCUCAUCCCUUUCGAGUGUGCUGUGUUAAUGUGUACUUUUAACAUAUAUGAACACCGUGUGCAUCUUCAAAAAAUCUGCUUAAAAGUGUCAAAUUCCUAAAAACAAAUUCUCAAACUUACCUUUAGUGGUACCGAGCCACGCGUAGUUUUUGUGGCCAGGAUGAGGUAAAGGGAAGUAAAGGAAAUUUCACCAAUAAAACGUACAUUUAAAGGAAAACUACACCAAAAUCUACACAUUUUAUGUAUACAUCUACAAGGAAGUACUACUCAACUAAAACUGUUGUCUUGUACCACCCUGGAGAAGACUUAAUGUCUGUAUUGCCGUGGGGUUUGAAAGAUGGUGGUGUUUACCAAGCACCACAACAACAAAAAAACUAAUAAGUUGCAUUAUGGGAAGUGUAAGAUCCAGCAUUUUGGUAGUUUGACCUAUUGGCUACAAGGUACUACAGGCCAAGAUAUCUCAGCCUGUAUUGCUUAUGACCAUUCAUUCUCCCUUUAAUCUGUUUCUUGUGAGUACCCCGACUGCAUCGGGAGUUUUUUCUUCUGGAAAGACACUUUUUUGGGUCAUUUUGUCAAUUUUGUAGGCAUCACAAUUAAAAUUCCACGUACCCUCCAUUGUAUUAGGGCAGAGGCCAAAAUCUCAGGAAGAGAAAACUCAAAACCUGAGCAAAUAAACCCCAAAAUUACUAAACACAACAAAAGUUAAGUGAAAAAAUGUGUUUUGUUUUAUCAUUUGGGUGAACAGACUUUUUAGCACCAGUCUGGACUGUAACACACACUGAGCCCCUUUGAUCAGUGGAAGACUGUGUUAUUGUCUCCUGCAGUCUUGGUAGCCGUAUAAAGUGAAGCGUGACACCGUGUAGACCUGAGGUUGUGGUUUCCAUUUCAAAUACCUAGCCGGCGUUGUGUUGUGUUAAUCAUUAAAACCAAAAGCAGGU